GGUACUUGCUCUAUUUUAUUUUCAAUUUUUUAUAGUUACUAGUUUUUCCUCCAAAUUCCCAUUUUACAACCAACUUUCCAAUUACAUGUCGAUAGUUUCGCACAUAUAAACCCAUCAUUGUCCCCCGUUUUCCUCGAAACUAUUCUAGCAGGGGAUGGCUAUUUUCCGCCCUAUUUGACUCCUCGUUUUCUCCCCUUAGAAACCAUUGCAAAGAACGACUGACCCCAGGCUAAACGUCAUUUUAGAACGAGUUGGCCGACCAGUUGGUUGGUAAAUAUAUGAAUGCAGCAAGAGCUUAGGAAUCCGCAGUAUCGUUCAUCCUUUAUGAAAAUGACGGUCAUAUACGAAUGUAACAGAAUGACCCGCGGAAGAGUGAAAAUACAUUUCCAUUGUCGGAGCUGCGCGCAUAUGUACGCGGAAUUUUAUUGUAAAACUCGAUAACAAGGUUAAAGAGAAUAGAAUUGUUAUUGAACAAACUUAGAGAGAGAGAGAGAGAGAGAGAGAGAGAGAGAGAGAGAGAGAGAGAGAGAGAGAGAGAGAGAGAGAGAGAGAGAGAGAGAGAAACAUGGAAAAGGGAUUUUAUAAUGAUGAUGGGAAUGGAAUUCUAAUUUUCAUGCGAAAGAAAAAUGUACUUGAAAUAAAAAAAUUUAUGGUAGCCGCACGAUUCUACUGAUAUGCGCAAUUUUUAGCUUAUUUCUUCUUUUGCGCGUUAUUUCUUCUCUAUUAAUAUCCUUGGAUGUACAGAAUCCUCGGACUUUUAGUACUUUAACAAUGUUCUAUGAGUAGAAAAAAUGUUAUAUAAACAUAAGUUCUAAAACGCUUUAUUAAAAAGUAGUAUUAUGGCAAAGAUAUAAAAUCCAUAAGAAACAAUUUUUUAUUUAAAAAGUCACUAUAAAAUUAAAAGAUUUCUUGUUAAUUUUAAAUGACUUUUAAUUUAAUCUUAAUUAAAUAAAUUUUAAUUAAGAAAUUUUCUAAUUUUCUAAUUUAUAAAUAAUCAUGAUUAAAUCCGAUCUAAAAUCACGACAGCAAAGCAUCAGUUGAAUAUAGUUUGUCAUAUUCAUAGUAUGUGAAUGAAUUAUUCCUUACGGAUAAUUUUACUGGCAGUUUUAUUAUAUUUUAUGAACUCAAUAAUUUCUUUGUCGCGUCGCCUGCGACAGAAACAAAGCUUCCAUAAACAAAGAACAUCGCAAGCUUUACGUGCUGCAAGAUGCAAAGGUACUCGCUUAUCAUCUAUCUAUAUGCUACUUCCUCUUCAGACCUCGGACUUGUAAUUAGCUUGACAUAAAAUAGCGCUGUUGACUCUCUGCUAUCUACCGGGGAUAAAGUGGAAAUUAAAAAAAAUCGGGUCACUGCAGAUAAGACACCACUUCGCAACCCUUUCUUUUCUGUAUCUAAAAAAACUGGCUCGAAAGUCCGCCACCAGCAACAACUAUUUCGAUGGCAGAUACAAGAGCUUCAAUGGGGCACAAGAAAGGAGUUUAAUAGGGUGGUAAGUAAACAAAGCUCCAAAAGUCAAUUCGUCGAAAGGAGAUAAUGAAUUCUUAUUUUGCUUCUCUGAAAUACAGAAAUGAGUGUUCUAUUGUUUAAAAUGUCGUUUCAACUUGACUAUAUAAACUAUAAACAUAGUCGUUACGUGAAAAAUAUUAUAAUAUUAUUCGUAAAGCAAAGAAAAAAUACGAUAAAAUGUACGUGAAUUCACAUUAGAUUUUUUUAGAUAAAAUUUAAAUAAAUUAAUCAACAAUAAUAAUUUUAAGCUAAUGUUAUCCAUUGUCUUCCGAAUGUAAAAUGUGUGUACUAAUUGUAUCUAACGUCACGUAUUUAUUUGGCACCAUAAUGUUGAUAUUAACAAUUAUAAAAAUUUAUACAGACAAGUGACAUUAUACUAACAAAUGUAACUAUUUCCAAGUAAAUUACUUUGAAGCAUUAUCUCAAAAACUAUAUAUAGCUAUGCGCAUAUUGAGUUCAGUCAAAUGAAUGGAAAUGCUAAUUACUGCAAUUGCAGGUAGAAUACACUUUCCUAAGAGUAAGAAGCGCAAAAUAGAUACAUAAGAAGCAUUAAAACAGUCUGUAAAAUUGACUUAUUUUUCUGUUUUAACAUAUUUUUGUCUCGUAGGUAUAUGUUACUAAAAUUUUACUAGUUGCACAAUCUUUGUGUAGCGUUAGUUAGACCAUAAGUGGGAAACAUAUAUAAGAAGCUCCACUUGUAACAUGGAUUAUUUCACGUUUUGAAUGUCAUUCUGCGUGUAUAACAUACAGCAUUUUUAACAAUUCCGUCUAAAUACAAAUUUAGGCAAGCAAAUUAGAAAUUAUUUAUAUAGAGGAUUCUAUUGUAAUACACAAUUUUAGUUUUAAUAUGGCGCAAUUUAAUUUUGAUGAAAUUAAAAUCUUUGACGAUGCAAUAGAUGAUAUGGAUAUCAUAAAAACUAUAACUGUUACGCAAUCCGAAGAAAAUGCCUUUUACAUUGCGGACAUUGGUAAUGUUAUAAAAAAACAUCAAGAAUGGCUCGCCAAAUUGCCAAGAGUUAUCCCGCAUUUUGGUAUCUGUAUACUUUUACAUUCUAAAUUUAAUGUAUUUAUUAAAGAUUUUACCAUUAAUUCUAUUUUCAUUCUCAUAGCAAUUAAAGCAAAUCCAGAUUCCACGGUAAUUAAAGUUCUGGCAGCUUUAAAUGCCUGUUUCGAUUGUGCAUCUAAACAAGAAAUACAACAGGUAAUGCAACACGGGGUGCACGGCGACCGGAUUAUUUUUGCGCACCCGACUAAGUAUCCAUCUCACAUAGAUUACGCUAGGAAAGUGGGCGUCAAGCAGAUGACGGUCGAUAGUGAAAGUGAACUGUUUAAGAUCAAAGAUAUCUUCCCUGAAGCUAAGAUCGUCAUACGUAUACGCUGCGACGCUAAGUAUAUUGGGACAAAAUCACUGGGUUUAAAAUUUGGUUCUCAAUCGGACGAGGAAACCACGCGCUUGAUACAGCUCACGAAAGAUCUCGGUUUGAAUUUACACGGCUUCAGCUUCCACGUCGGUUGUCUCUGCAAAGAUUACGAGGCUUAUGCCAAAGGGAUAGCAUUGUGUAAACAAUUAAUUACUGCCUCCAAGGCAAUUGGAUGCGACAACGUGCAGUUGAUCGACAUCGGUGGUGGAUUUGAAGGCCAAAACGGAUCAAAUAUUGACGAGGUCGCCAAUGUUAUCAAUAAUGCGAUACAGGAUCUCGAUCCUAAUAUAAGAGUUAUCAGCGAGCCGGGAACGUACUACGUAAGUUCCAGCUUCACGUUAGCUUCGUAUUUGCAUUCCAAGAGAAUCACUCUGAAUGAGGGAGAAAUUAUGAGAAUGUAUUACAUGAAUUGUGGAGUAUUCAAUUCCUUCUUGGACGAAUUGUUAGGCAUUCAAGCUAGGGCGCCACAAUUACUUUCCGAGGUAAUCUUAUAUUUUGCGUACACAUAUAUGGAAGCAAUUCAAGAAGCAAUUAUUAACUUAUCAUCGCAGCCAGCAAGCAAAGAGAAAUUUCUUUCAAGUAUAUGGGGACCGACUGCCGACUCAUAUGAUUUAAUUCUCAAAGAUGUGAUGUUGCCUGAGUGUCAUAUAGGUGAUUGGUUGAUUUGGAAGAAUAUGGGUUCUUAUACUAUAGCCAUAUCCUGUACAUUCAACGGGUUUCCGAUCCCAACUGUGUUUCCAUUCAUUAGAAAGAGUCAAUGGAAGAAUUUUAAAAAUCAAAUUGACUCAACGUAGAAGCCUGUUUUAAU